AUGGAAGACAUUCAGCUCAAUCACAGCCAUGAAGAUGAUGACACGAAGGGAGUGGUCGUUGCCAAGGGUGUGGCCAUGGCUGUCCUGUUCUGUGCGUCCAUGGUCUGUGGGCUGCUACCCUUAUUCCUCGCGAAACGGUUCCGAUGGAUAUCCCCCAAUGAAGCUGGGAACCUAAAGUCCUCGAAUCGAGUAGUUUCGUCUUUACUUUCUUUCGGCGGUGGUGUUCUGUUAUCAACUACGUUUCUGCAUCUUUUGCCCGAGGUGGACCACAAUAUUGAACAUCUUGUCGAGGAAGGGCACAUGCGACAGUUUGACUUCUCUCUAGCUGCUCUGCUCAUGUGCUGUGGCUUUUUCAUUAUGUACCUUGUAGAAGAGGUUGUACAUAUGUACAUCCAUCACAGGGAAAAGAGUAACGGUUCAGUGGCACCCUUAGUUCGGAACCUGAGUGUGAGGAAGAGCCGUAACGGUACAGAGGAGAAUGGAGUCCAGAGCGUCACCAAUUCUACAUCAGACCUUAUCGAUCCAGCUUCGAUUACCAGGCCGAAGGACGUAGAAGUGAAUGGACACAGCCAUGCGCAUGGGCACACGCAUAUGCCUGUCCAUAAUGUCGACAGCGUUACCGCGGCCUUGCGUGGUCUUCUUAUUGUCCUGGCGUUAUCUAUUCACGAGCUGUUUGAGGGACUUGCCGUUGGUCUAGAAUCUAGCACCUCUAAUGUGUGGUACAUGUUGGGAGCAGUGUCUGCACACAAAUUGGUUAUUGCCUUUUGCAUUGGUGUAGAAUUGAUAGCUACACGUACAAAAAUGUACUUAGCAAUCAUUUAUAUAUCUACUUUUGCUCUUGUAUCACCGCUCGGUAUUGGCAUCGGAAUAUUACUUGUCGGCGGUGAAGGAGCCACUGCAGCUGGUUCUUACUCCGUCAUCCUCCAAGGUCUGGCAUCUGGUACACUGCUUUACGUCAUCUUCUUUGAAAUCUGGAAGAGCGACAGAUCCGGUAUUUUGCAGUACUUCGCUGCUUUAGUAGGAUUCGGUCUUAUGUUCGGACUACAGCUAUUAACACCACAUUCCCACUCCCACGGUCACACUCAUGGUGACGGGGACCAUGGACACUCGCAUGACAAUUCCACAGGACACGAACACAGUCAUGAUCACGGUCACUCUCAUGACUAA